UGUUUGAUGAGUAAACCAAAAGCUGACGGAUCUCCCACAAGUGCAGAAAACAAAAAUGGAUUUUGAAUUUUCUUCUUCUUCGUCGAGCGAUCGCAGGAUCGGCACUCUGCUUCGUCAUCUCGUCGGCGGGUCAGAGUCUCUGGCAAUGGAUCCUCGGAGCUCCGUCGCCGCCUCGCCAACGUCGGGAAUCGCCGGCGGUUCUGUCUUCGCUCACCUUGUUCAAGCUCCCGAGGAUCCUAUUCUUGGGGUGACUGUUGCUUAUAACAAAGAUCCAAGCCCGAGUAAGUUGAAUUUGGGAGUUGGAGCUUACCGAACUGAGGAUGGAAAACCUUUGGUUCUGAAUGUUGUGAGGAAAGCCGAGCAGCAGAUUAUUAAUGACAGAUCACGAGUGAAGGAGUAUCUUCCUAUUGUCGGGUUGGCUGAAUUCAACAAAUUAAGCGCUAAGCUUAUAUUAGGUGCCGACAGCCCUGCUAUUCGAGAGAAUAGGGUUACAACCGUGCAAUGCUUGUCUGGUACUGGUUCACUGAGAGUUGGAGCAGAGUUUUUGGCCAAACACUAUCAUGAGAAAACAAUUUAUAUUCCUGUGCCGACAUGGGGCAACCACCCAAAAAUUUUUGCUCUGGCUGGCUUGUCGGUGAAAACUUACCGCUACUAUGAUCCAGCGACACGUGGGUUGAACUUCAAAGGGCUAUUAGAGGAUCUUGGUUCUGCUUCUUCGGGUGCUAUUGUGCUUCUUCAUGCAUGUGCUCAUAACCCGACUGGUGUUGACCCAACUGUUCAACAGUGGGAGCAAAUCAGGCAGUUGCUGCGAUCCAAGGGGUUGAUGCCUUUCUUUGAUAGUGCUUAUCAGGGCUUUGCAAGUGGAAAUCUGGAAUCAGAUGCGCAAUCAAUAAGGAUGUUUGUCGCUGAUGGUGGAGAAUGCCUCGUCGCUCAAAGUUUUGCGAAAAACAUGGGUCUCUAUGGAGAACGAGUUGGUGCUCUAAGCAUUGUCUGCAAAGCAGCAGAUGUAGCAGGCAGGGUGGAGAGCCAGCUGAAACUUGUGAUCAGGCCGAUGUACUCAAACCCUCCGAUCCAUGGUGCAUCUAUCGUUGCUGCAAUCCUGCGAGACAGGAACAUGUUCAAUGAAUGGACUCUGGAACUGAAGGCCAUGGCUGAUCGUAUUAUCAGCAUGAGGAAGCAGCUCUUUGAUGCUCUACGUGCUCGAGGCACGCCCGGCGACUGGAGUCACAUCGUCAAGCAGAUUGGCAUGUUCACGUUCACGGGUUUGAACACUGCCCAAGUCUCUUUCAUGACUAAAGAAUACCACAUCUACAUGACAUCUGACGGGAGGAUAAGCAUGGCUGGUCUAAGCUCCAAGACUGUCCCUCACCUCACAGAAGCCAUCCAUGCUGCAGUCACCCGCGUCGCCUGAGCGACAACGUUGCUCGUGGUAAUAAGCAUUUCCUCUGAGCUUUUUUCUCCUCUUCAGCUCUUCAGCAGCAAUAAUAAGAAUGGCAAACAUGACUAGCAUCCAACCCAAGUAUCUUGGUUUAGAAUAUUCGGUUAUAAAAAAAAAUAAAAAAAGAAUGGCCAGGCGACAACUUUUUUGUACCACGGCCAAUCAAGUCCAUGAUGUGUUUUUGGAAUUUGUAUUUAAACCCUGAACCUAAAAAGAGCAAUGAAAUAUUUUUACUUUUUUGUUU